AUCAAGGGAGCCUCAAUGUCUUCAGUUCCAAAGUCCACAUCAAGUAUGACACUGCCAGUGUCCAGUGCUUCAAGCUACUCACAAUAUGAUGAGCAUGGUCAGAUGGUAGUGAUUAUGCCCCCAUUGCUCCAGGGGGAGAUCAAUAACGCAUACCCUUCUUCCCCUCUUGAAGUUGAGAAAAGACUCAAUGAACUAUCAAAGUAAGUUGUGGGAUAGUAAAAUCAAAUAUAAUCAUGAUAAUCCAUUUCAAUUUAAAAACUUGAUUUCCUUUUGUUUUAACUGUCAAAAAUAUAAAUGUUUGUUCAAUAGGCUGUAAAUGUUCUGCAUUGUGUCACCAUAUUGUUUCUACAGGCAACUUACCCGUUUGGAGCACAAAAUGAGCUCAGAUAUUGCACUUAUCCUCCAUGUACUACAAUCUCAGGGGCGAAGCCAGUUUACAUCCCCUUCUACACCUCCCCCACCCCCACCAAGAAUGGCAGAAACUGAUACAUUCCCGAGCC